AUGGUGACAGUGGCCUCUAGGUCAAAGAAGGCUUCUCCUGGUGUUUCUGUGCUUGAUUCUAAGAUCAAGCAUAUUGAUAAGUAUUCUUUGAGCGAUAUUAGUAAUGGUGUCCUCAUCCCUGAUGUUGAAUUGAAACCUCAAUUCACUAACUACAGAGCAAGCAGCUUGGCUUGUGUAAAAAGACAUUCCUUCACUAACCAACAACUCCUCUCCUUAUCGAACAUCGUCUUCCUUUCCCCCUCAUGUCGCACCGAAUUCCUAGAUACCCCCACAUCCGAAUCCGUCUAUGCUACCCUUACCGCUCCUUUGUUCUCUUCUUUGCCCUCCCUCUCCGCCGAUUCCCUCUCCCCCAUUCAAAAUGCUUUCACCUCUUUUUCUGCCAAUCAUGAUACUGUCCUUUUUUCCCAAACACUCCUUGAAUAUGCCAAAAACUCCCAUGAUCCUAUCCUUAAAUCCAUCCUCCUUUCCUUUUUGACCCGCGUUUGUGAAGUCACCGAUCCUUCUGUUCCCGCCAUGUCUGAAAUGCACAUCCAAUCAUCCUUCAUCCAUCCCUUAAUCCGUGGCAUCACCAAGUCCUCUCCUUCCAUCAUCCCUCACUGCUCGAAUAAGACCGCUUUUGUGAAAGGUCACAACAUUCUCCAUUGUCGACCUGACUAUCGCGUGGAUGUGUAUGGCUCUGCUGGUGUUUGCCAUGGUACUGGUAUGUUUGGAGAGUUGAAGCCAGGAGAGUCUAGUGUCGUAGAUGUGGCCUCUGAUUUUCAUAAGUGCAUGAUCUUAGGCAAGUUGGCCUUGCAAUAUGGAUCCUCUCCUUACAUUAUGACAUUCUAUACCCACGGUCAAGCAAUCCACUUUUAUCUCCACCAUUCCUUAAAUUCCGACUUAACUUAUGCUCUUCACUUACAUUCCUUAACAAUUCCCUUGACCGUCAACACAUUCCAUUCCUUCAAUACCAUGCUCCCUCAACUCUACCAACUCGCCCAGCUAUUCCAUUCCUUUUGCAUGCCCUCCAAUUCCGCCCCUCCCAAUGCCGAUUCCUCCGCUACUGUCCCUUAUCCUAUCAUUGAGGCUUUAAUAAGCCAUAAUAAAAAACGAAAAAUUUCUCAUUAA